GCAGAUCCCCUCGGCGACGGCGACCACAAACAAACAACAGUCACAAAAUGACUUCGACUAUCGAUACAACCACCAUUGGCAAGCCGCCCCCGCCCGCAGCUAGGCGCGCACGCCGUCACGUCCGUUCACUCACAGGCGACUUCCCCGAAGUCGACGAGAAAGGCGAGGAGAAAUGGCCCCGCGGCGAGGAAGCAGCCUGGAAGGAGGCCAUGCGCGACUUGCACACCGACGUCCCGGAGGUCACCAAGUCCAUCGUCGGACACGUGCAAACCUCCCUCGCACGCGCGCCGUACAACCUUGACGACUUUGGCGCGUACCAGGCCUCCGCACUCUCUGUGCGCGACAACCUCAUCGUCAACUGGAACUCUACCCAGCUCCACUACACCCGCAAAGCUCCCAAACGCGCCUACUAUCUCUCCCUUGAGUUCCUCAUGGGCCGCACCCUCUCCAACGCACUUCUCAACCUCUCAGUGCUACCUGCAUACGAGUCCUCCCUCGCGCGCCUCGGCUUUGCUCUUGAGGACGUGCUAGUACAGGAACGUGACGCCGCGCUCGGGAACGGCGGCCUCGGGCGCCUUGCCGCGUGCUAUCUCGACUCGUCCGCGACGCAGGAGCUCCCCGUAUGGGGGUACGGCCUGCGGUACAAGUACGGGAUCUUCCAGCAGCUCAUCAAGGCGGAUGACGGGACACAGCUCGAGGCGCCCGAUCCGUGGCUGGAGCAUCAGAACCCGUGGGAACUGCCUAGGUUGGACGUCGUGUACGAGGUGCGAUUCUAUGGGACGGCGGAGCGGUGGGGGGAUGGGAGCGGGAAGGGGACAUGGAGUGGGGGACAGGAGGUUUUGGCGGUCGCGUAUGAUGUUAUGAUCCCUGGCUAUGGCACCAAGAACACGAACAACCUCCGCCUCUGGGAAAGCAAGCCUAAGCGCGGUUUCGAUCUCCAGAGCUUCAACGCGGGCGACUAUGAGCGCGCGGUCGAGACGUCCAACACGGCUGCGGCGAUCACAUCCGUCCUGUACCCGAACGACCAUACCAGCUCGGGGAAGGAGCUACGGCUGAAGCAGCAAUACUUCUGGACGGCGGCGAGCCUUGCGGAUAUGAUGCGCCGGUUCAAACAUUUGGAAAAGCCGCUCUCGGAGUUUGCAGAGUAUAACGCGAUCCAGCUGAAUGAUACCCACCCGACGCUCGCUAUCGUCGAGCUCAUGCGCAUCCUCAUCGACGAGGAAGACCUGCACUGGGACCAGGCGUGGACGAUUGUCACCAACACAUUCUUCUUCACGAACCACACCGUGCUGCCGGAAGCGCUCGAGAAAUGGUCGGUGCCGCUGAUGCAGCACCUGCUGCCGAGGCAUAUGCAGAUCAUCUUCGAUAUUUUGUUAGCUGUCGAGAAGAAGUUCCCGGGGGACAGGGAGAAGCUUGCUAGGAUGUCGUUGAUUGAAGAGGGAUACCCGCAACAAGUCCGGAUGGCGAACCUGGCUGUCAUCGGUAGCCGCAAAGUGAACGGUGUCGCGGAGCUGCACAGCCAGCUUGUGCAGUCGAUCCUGUUCCCUGACUUUGUGGAGUUUUACGGGAAGAGCAAGUUUAGCAACGUGACGAACGGGAUCACCCCCCGGCGCUGGCUCGACCAGUGCAACCCGGGACUCUCGCAGCUCAUCACCGAGACACUCGACUUGCCGAAGGCGGUGUGGCUGAAGGACCUCUCGAAGCUCGAAGGGCUGCUCGCACACGUCGACGACGAGAAGCUGCAGCGCCGUUGGGCGCUCGUGAAGCGGCAGAACAAGGAGCGCCUCGCGCUCUUUGUCGAGAAGUUGAUGGGCGUCCGGGUAGACGCGGAUGCGAUGUUCGAUGUGCAGAUUAAGAGAUUGCACGAGUACAAGCGUCAAACUCUUAAUAUCUUGGGUGUCAUUCAUCGAUACCUCCUCAUCAAGAGCAUGACUCCCGAGGAACGGAAGAAGGUCGUAAAGAAGGUUGUCUUUUUCGGUGGCAAGGCGGCUCCUGGAUAUUACAUCGCCAAGCUGACCAUCCGCCUGAUCGUCAACGUCGCCCGCGUGAUCAAUAAGGACCCGGACACGAAAGCCUACCUCUCGCUCUUCUUCCUGCCUGACUACUCCGUCUCGCUCGCCGAGGUGCUCAUCCCCGCGUCGGACAUCAGCCAGCAUAUCUCCACCGCCGGUACUGAGGCGUCCGGCACGUCUAACAUGAAGUUUUGCCUCAACGGCGGGCUGCUGGUCGGCACCGUGGACGGCGCGAACAUUGAGAUCGCGGAGGAGGUUGGGGAAGAUAACGUCUUCUUCUUCGGGCACUUGACCCCCGACGUUGAGGAUCUGCGGUACCAGCACACGUACCAUCCCGUGCCGGUAGAGGAGAAGUCCCCCGCGCUGGCGCACGUCCUCAACGCCGUCUCGUCUGGCAUCUUCGGUGACGGCGGGGUGUACGAGCCGCUCCUCAACACGGUCAGGCAGGGCGACUUCUACAUCCUCACAGAGGACUUUGACUCUUAUAUCCGCGCGCUGGAGAUGGUCGACGAGGCGUACGCCGACCGUACGGAGUGGAUCAAGAAGAGCAUCAGGACCACCGCGAAGAUGGGCAAGUUCAGCUCCGACCGAGCCAUUCAGGACUACGCCCAGGAAUACUGGAACAUCGAGAGCAUCAAGCUACAGGAAUGAGUUGACGAGUCUUAGAUGCUAUGCGCCAAUGCGCCGUCAGCCGCAGGAUACAAUACCCGUUGGACUGUUUGUAAGUUGUUGUGCACCAUGUGUUUUCCACCCCGAUGUGUAGCAAUUCGAGCGUUCAAAUUUGUAUUCGAUGAUAUCAAGAACAAAACGACGACAGUGACGUUUGAAACCAU